AUGUCGCGCUCCUUCACUGGGUGCAAGCGAUGUAAAGGCCGUCGGCAGAAGUGUGACGAGCAGCGACCAAGCUGUGGCCGAUGCCAGCAAGCGAACACGCCUUGUCGAUAUGCAAUGCAGCUGCAGUGGGGUGGGCGGGCUUUCUCGCGCUCACGAUUCGGGGCCUGCGUGGGUAAUGGAGGCAUGCAUAAACUGGAGUAUUCCCCCGGCGAAUUUAUCUAUACCACAAACUCAUCCUCUACGGCACUAUCUCCCGGCUCGAUAAUCGCUGGUACCCCAUCUACGACGACCGCUGCAACUAGUCUAAACUACUACAUUGAUCCGUUCGCCUCCCUCUCGACGGAUCAAAAGUCCCUUCUUCACCACUUUCUCAGUGAUGCCUCGCAGAUCACUGCCUGUCAUUCCGGCAUGCAACAGGACAUUUGCAAGAUGCUGGUCCCCAUGGCCCUACAGACCCCGUCCCUCCUAUACGCAACCAUGGCCCUCUCUGCCAUCCACCUACAAGCCCUCCACAACCAGUCUGAAAAUGUCAAGUCGGCUCCGGAAAUCGCGCGCUUCAUGGCACUCAGCCUGGAACAUUUUCGCAAGGAACUGGAGAACCCUGCCAGCAGAGGGUCCGAUGCCCUGCUCGCUACAGCGCGCACUCUCUGCUUAGCUGAAAUCCAUUCGGGCGCCAUUCAUCCAAAUUCGUGGCGCGCACACAUCGCGGGAGCGAAAGCUCUCAUGGAUUCUUCGAAUCAGCGCGGGAUCCUGUCACCGGGAUCGCCCGAGGGCUUCCGUCGGUAUCUAGACCGCUGGCACCGCUCGAUUGUCUCGCUGACAGCGUUGACUGGAAACGGGCCGCCAAUUGGGGUGGAAGCAACCCUCGCGGACAACACAACCGAUUCCGUAACCCCUGAUUAUCUGGAUGACUACUGGGGCUUCACUGUCAACCUGGCCGCGAUCUUCCGGGCGAUUGGCGCGGUAUCCUGGCGGGAGCAUCAACACAUCUUACAGCAGCAACAAGAACCACGGCAGGAAGCCGCAUUAGGAGAUACCAUUGUCGACAUCGACGUCGCUCACGAAGCAGCUGCGCUUGAAGGCGCCCUCCGUCGGCUAAUGGCCGCCGAAGAAGUUGGAACUCAACCGACCUUCUACCCGGGUGUCACGGAGGGACUGUCGCCGGACUGUAUCCGGCAGCUGAUGCUCUGCAAUGAGGCCUUCCAGCGCAGUGCGCUCAUUCAGAUCCACCGCCGCUUGUACAAGACGCCCGCAUCGGCACCGGUGGUGCAGGACUCAGUCAAGCGGAUCCUGGAAUGUACGGCACAGAUCGGGCCGUCCCCGGGUCUGAGUCCAUGGGUGCUGCUCACAACACCGUUGUUCAUUGCGGGAUGCGAGGCGCGCGGGGCGGAUCGCCAACAGGUCCGCCAGCUACUAGCAUCACUGCAUGAUACUAUCCGGGUGCCAAAUGUUUUGCAGUCGUUGAGAUUGUUGGAGCAAUAUUGGGGUAACCAGCUGGAUGAGAAUGAGGGGUGGUCUCAGUUCUUGGGGAGCCCGGUCAACGACAGCGACGACGAGACCCCCGUUUACGAUAUUGCGUACUCCACGCGAUUCACGAAUGCGACUCGGAUACAUAACCGGCUUGUCAGUGAAUCCUUCGUCCACAAACGUAUAUCCCCGGCUAUAAACCCGAAGCGCGCUACCACCAUGGCUCUGCACCUGCCAACGAACGGCCCAGCCCCGCUACAGAUCGACCCUCCCCGCCGCACCGGCACCUCGUCAACUAUAGGGGAUAGCAAACAACCCAAGACACCCGGCAACAAGAUCAGCUCUUUCUUUGGGUGGCGGGCAGGCAAUUCCUCACCUGGCGCCGAAUCUUCGAGCACAGAAAUCUCCGAGUCCGGCCGAUCCCCAAUACCGUCACCCAUGCCGCCCUCACUGCCCAGCGCGUCCUUCUCCAGAACACCAUCCACAACGGUCCCGUUCGACCCUACUCGCCCGCAUACGUCUCUCCCGCAUCGCAAUUCGUCGCUCAGCAGCGCCAGUAUUCUGGAGAAGUCUGGAGCCCCAGCCCUGGUGGCGGAGCUCGAGAAUGAGUUGCGGGAGAUCAGCUCAGAGCUUGCGGGUUCGAUCCGCCGGGAGAUGGAGUUAGAGGACCUGGUCGAGCGACUGCAGUCGGACUCGGUUUUCGACACCCCUAACCGCCGGACCAGCGAUUACUUCUCCGACUCCGGCAGUAGCUCUAUCCGUUAUGCAUACGAGUCUGGUGGUCGAGUGGAGGAUAUUGAGAAAUACAAGCGUACUGCAGAGCAGGAACGGGCCCAGAUAAAGGUAGAGCUAUCUCAGAAACUGCAGGAAGAGCGCGGUCGACGUGCGGCCUCCGAGGCCCACGUUCAGAUUUUGGAAUCGCAAGUGCACCAGCUGCGACGGGAGAGAGUCGAUCUCUCUGAUAUGUCCUCCCGUACCAAAGAGCUGGAGACAGCUUUGGAAGCUACUCGUCGGAAAUUGGCUGAAGAGCGCCAGAUCAAAGACAACUUCGAAGAUCUACUCACUGCCAUGCGUGUCGAGCUCGAGCAGCUCCGAAAUGAGCGGGACCAUCUGAAGGAGAACGUAAUACCUCAGUUACAAAGCAGUGCUAGCAACUCUCACCAGCAAUUGCCGGAUCCUUCCGAGGUGGCGCGGUUGAUGGGCGAGAUUGAGGCACUGAAGAUAGAGAACGCCUCCCUAGCACAACUGCAAGGGAGCCGGUUUGCUUCCAUCGCUGAGGAAGAUACCAUGUCUCCGGCACGAGGUACGGGACUUGGUCUCUCUCGUUCGAACUCAUUGGCACGGGUGCGCUCAAAGCCAAGCGCCCCCACUGGCCUAUCCCGGUCCAACUCUUUGUCUCGAUCGAACUCUAUUAAUGUCAAGGAACGGAGCGAGCCGCGAGAGAAUCUGGCCGACAGGAUUGAAGACGUUGAGGCCCAACGGGAUGCCCUUCACGAAGCUCUUCGGCGCUUGCUCGAGCGCCAGGCUUACGAUUCUCGCGAGUACGAGAAACAGCUAAAGAUGAUGGAGCUCGAGCUGGCUCGUGCGCAGAUGGCGGAGUCUCCGCGCAAGAUCGGCUACGAACGCGAGGUACGGAACCUCCGAGAGGAGGUCAACUUGCUCCGCCACCGUGCAGAAGAAGCCAUGGAGCAGAAAUGGCAGUGUGAAAAGGGACUCGCAGGUCUGAAGAUGGAUCUGGACCGCGCCGAGCAGGAGACCACUUCUUUGCGAGUCCUGCUGCAGGAGCAUGACAUCACGGUUCCGGAAGACUAUGAUACCGACCGGGACGGGUUUGCUGAAGUCUUGGUCACUUCUUCCUCCCUGGAGACUGCCUACAAGCAGCUGCAGGCUGACAGGGAUCAGGCUGAAGCCAAUGUCGCGCAGUCUCCCAUGCUGGCGGAAUCGGUCACUCGGACCGACAGCUUAGCGGAACAUGUGAAGCAACAACUUGCAAACAACAUUGCUCUGCGUGCCCGCUUAGCCGAGGCGAUUGGUAAGGGCGAGAAAGAGCAGCAGCUGUCGGCUACGCGCAUUAAUGAGAUGCAGAGGCGGCUCAAGGAGAUGGAGGAUAUCCUUCUCAUGGCACAGCAGUUCUCCGAGGACGAAAUGGCGCGUCAUGAGGAAGAAGUCCGCAAUCUGCAGGAGAGUCACAGUCUUCAAUUGACGCGUGUCAAGAAUGGUGCGCGCAGCCCAAUGGCUCUGUCUCCGAAGCCGCCGAACACCCCAUUCGGCGCGCGUUCACCGCGGUUGGACAAGACGACCAGUGGGGACGGAAUGGCACUGAACGAGGCGGUUCAGUUCGAGACGCUUGCGAAGCGGGUCAAGGAAUUGGAGAAGUUGCUCCGGGACGCCGACUCGGAGAUGGAAGAGGUGGUCAGUCGGAUGAACCGUGCGCAGAUUGAAGUCGCCGAACUGCAGUCCGAUCGGGAUGAGGCCCUACGCCAAACCAGAAAGCUCCAGGCCGAGAUUCUGGCUGAACGCGAGGCAUUAAAGACCCUGAUUGUUUCUUAA